GCGCCCUGGAAAUAGGCGCCCUGGGCGACACGUCGUUUAAAUUUGUUCACGCUUUCUUUUCGAAGUUACAUUGUCCAACUCUUUCCACGAAUUAUGCUGCGUCUAUGGAACGCAAUUUCAUGUCUUUUGCUGGCUUCAGCAGCGGCAUCAGCAUCCAGUCAGUCAUUUGAAAAUUCUGCCAUCGUUCGUACCAUCGACCUCGGAGGUUCUCUCGUACACGUCACGACAACUUUUGCUGUCAAGGCCCUCAAGGAAGCUGCGGGCGUGUAUACUAUCACUCUUCCAGAGGAUGAGAUAUUCAAUACCAGCUGGCUGGAGGUCAAAGUUAAAGGCAAGCAACAGCCUUUGACUGUUACUUAUAGCGGGGCCCCGGCUGGUAGUAAAUCUCAUAAUUUGGAUGUCUCCCUUGAGAAGCCUCUUGAAGCUGGAGCGACUAUCAAUUUGGUUCUCGAAACUGUGCAGACCCACACUACGCGGCCUUGGCCGCAGCAAGCCGCCCAGGACGAAGACCAAUCGCUCAAAUAUGAGACAUCUCUUUUUGUUCUGAGCCCUUACAACACCAGUGUCCAGCGAACGAAGCUCAAGUCUUCUUCCCCUCGUAUCAUCUUCUACACCACGCCAGAGAAUGUCCAGGCAUUCACCCUCGAGAAUCCUGUAACUAAAUCCGGAUCGACUGUAACGUAUGGCCCUUACAGUAACGUUCCUCCAUCAGCAAACCAAGCCUUCCUUGAUAAAUACCAGCAACGUGUUGUUUUGCAUUACAGCUAUGAUUACCCUGUCUUGGAAGUGCUCAAGCUCAGACGUGCAGCGGAAAUUAGUCACUGGGGAGCCAAUCUGAACAUUCAAGAUGAUAUUGUUCUCCAUAAUGCAGGCCCGCGACUCAAUGGACACUUUUCGCGACUUCAACACCAGACUCAGUCGUUCUAUGGUCGCGGCGCUCCUCAUGUUCUUCCAUUGUUUACUGUCCAACUCCCUCCUGGCAUCCGAAACACCUAUUACCUUGACCAGAUAGGGAACGUUUCAACAUCUCACCUACGUGUCGCGCCUUCGGUUUCCCGUGGACUGAAAAAUACACAAAACAGCGUACUGGAACUCAAGCCACGAUACCCCAUCAUGGGUGGCUGGAAUUACACUUACACCCUUGGAUGGGAUGCGCCAUUGGGAGACUCGGGUAGCUACGACCCAAACACGGGCAAGUACAUUGUUAGUGUCCCUGUAAUGACAGAGAUUCCUGGAGCCGUCGUCAACGAUGCAGAGAUCUCCAUCAUCCUACCAGAGGGCGCUACUGAUGUUGAUUAUGUUGCGCCGUUCCCUGCUCUUUCCAACGAGAUUUCAACACAUGUGACGUAUCUUGACACCAUUGGACGACCUAUGGUCAUUUUCAAAUAUAAAAACCUCACCAAUAAGCAUGCAAAACCUAUCUAUGUUUCGUACAGAGUGCCGAUCUCCGCUCACCUGCGCAAACCCAUGGCAGUUGCAACAGUGUUGUUGGUUCUGUUUACUUUCGCGAUGGUAGCUCGUCGUGUGGAUCUUACCAUCCACAAGACGCCGACCAAGAAAAUGUAAGUUAUGUAGGUAGAAAAUAGAAAAUGUUUAAUGCAUGG